CAGUAUCACCUGAAGUCCUUUCUAUAAGCCAGACCCCAUUUACUCACUCUGAUUCUGUUUCUUGCCGCACCGUCCAACCGAAGUCAGCUGCAUCCUGACAUUCACUGCUCCUCUGAGACCCUCCUAUUGGUGAGUACAAGAAAGUACAUAGUAGUAGUCCCAACCAAACAGCUCAUGCUCGGUGUGUAUCGCCCGAGAAACAUUUUAUUAUAUUCACUCUUCUGUUUGUUGUCUUUGCAACCCCGCACUCUCUUCCUUUUCCUCUUCCUAUUCCUCCAGCAACUUUCUUCCAUCUUUCCUUUCAUCCUUUUACCCACACUCUUCAAACCGAUCUUUGCUUCGAUCAAAAGUCGUCCCCCUCUUGCCUUCCGUCCAUGAGUGAACCCCUCUAAGUCUGUCUCCUUCUAUUUCCGCAGGGCUCAGCAUCCUGGAUCUGAACUAUAACGGCCAACCGCACAUUCUCUUCACGCGUAUUUCGUGUCCACGCAAACAUCAUGGAUACAUUUGACGUGUCCAACAUGGGCACUGUCCUUGAGGAUGUUACGCACACACAAAAUGCCAAAAAGGCUGAAGCUGCUAGUACUGCUCGCGAAAAAGGAUGGGUCGAGCCGGAGGGCUAUGACUGCUCCAAGUACAAUACAGCCCCUCCUGGGCCUCUCGCCAACCCUGGUGAGGGCACUGAGCCAGAACAGCGACAGCAGGAAAUCCCCGAGUGGGCGGCCAACGCAGCUAAAUACGAGUGGAAAGAUGAAUGCAUUUGCUGGAUACUGGCACCAAAAGCUGAUCUCCACAGUCUCCAAAACAUUGAAGUAGUUGCUGAAAGUCGAGAGCGUCCUAAUCCAAUCAAGAGUUUCGACGAUGCCGGACUGCAUCCUAUUGUGCGUGAGAACGUCAAGCUUUGUCACUACGAUAUUCCGACGCCAAUCCAGGCGUAUGCGAUCCCUGCUGUUAUGACCGGCCACGACCUUAUCGCCAUUGCCCAGACUGGUUCCGGAAAGACCGCAGCCUUCUUGAUCCCUGUCCUGUCGAAAUUGAUGGGAAAGGCAAAGAAACUUGCUGCUCCACGUCCAAACUUGGCAGACGGCUUUAACCCCAUCAUUGAUGCCGUCCGUGCAGAACCUCUGGUCUUGAUUGUUGCACCUACCAGGGAACUGUCGACGCAGAUAUUCGAUGAAGCACGCCGACUAUGCUAUCGCUCUAUGUUACGUCCUUGCGUUGUGUACGGUGGUGCUCCCGUACGUGACCAGAGAGACGAGCUGCAGAAAGGUUGCGACAUUCUCAUUGGCACACCUGGAAGGCUUUUGGAUUUCAUGGACAAGCCUCAUAUUAUGUCUCUCCGCCGUGUCAAGUACACCAUCAUAGACGAAGCAGAUGAACUUCUUCUUGCGGACUGGGAGUCUGACUUCAACAAGAUCAUGUCGGGUGGAGAUGUAAACGAGGAUGCGGACCACCGUUACAUGAUGUUUUCCGCGACAUUCAACAAGGAAUGCCGUCAGUUGGCCCGCAAGUUUCUCGCUGAUGACCAUGUUCGUGUUCGUAUCGGACGUCCUGGCAGCACUCACAUCAAUGUGGACCAGACUAUUGUCUACUCCGAAGAGCAUCUCAAGAAGCAGUGCCUCUAUGAUCUGCUUCUGGCGAUGCCCCCUUCUCGUACCCUGAUCUUUGUCAACUCCAAAGCACAGGCAGAUCACUUGGACGACUACUUGUACAACAUGGGUUUGCCCAGCACCUCCAUACAUUCAGAUCGUACUCAACGCGAGCGCGAGGAUGCCUUACGUGCUUUCCGUACUGCCAAAUGCCCCAUCCUUGUCGCGACAGGGGUUUCGGCUCGUGGUCUUGACAUCAAGAACGUCAUGCAUGUUGUCAACUAUGACCUUCCUCGCCAGGCCCACGGCGGCAUCGUUGAGUAUGUCCAUCGCAUUGGACGUACUGCCCGUAUUGGGAACGAAGGACUCGCUACUUCUUUUUACAAUCAUGACCGCGACUCGGACCUCGCCCCUGAUCUUGUUCGGCUUCUUCUUGAAACCAAACAGAAAAUACCUGACUUCCUGGAGUCCUACAAGCCUGGCGAUGGUGAGAAUCUCUUUGAGGAUGAUACCGACGAUGAAGACGAAGAAGGCGGUGGCGAAAAUGCGAACGAGGGCGCUGAGAGUAGCACCUGGGGUGGAAUUCCCAUGGGUGACACCGAAGAUGCCCCGGCCGCUGCCGUCAACUACGACUUCUAG